GGGAGUUGGACAUCCAUUGAAAGAUAUAGCAUACCAAGAAGUCCGGAUCCGAAGGCAAGGCCGUCGGCUGGGAUGCAAAUAUUGGGUAGCGUUGGCAUUAUUGAACUCCUAGAACAGGAUGAGCGGCCAACAUUUAUUAUCGACGUAGCCAAUCCUGCGAACUUCAGCCCUGGCCCUUUGCAGAUUACUUUUGCGAAUGCAGCACUCCGCGCCUAUGAAUCGAUACUGGAGAUGGUCACUGGGAAGGCUGAUCUGGAUAGUCCUGGCAUUGCUGUUACGAAUGACUUUCCAGAGUUCAAAGCAUGGGCUCUAAGCUUUGUCAAGAAUGGCAAGUCGUUGGAUAUUUGCCUACCAUCAUUUUCCUACAGAGGCGUUACCUGGUCCUGUUCGACCGUGCGAAGAAGACUUCGCCUAAUAAGUGCCAGCGGCACCAGCCUUCCUACAGUUGCAUCAGGAAGCUCGAAUGGAGCCUUGAGCGCCUCAUCAAAUUUUAGUGAGCGGACCCGAGGUCCUACCUUACAGACUCUGUUUCGUUCUCCUCUGGCGGAGCCAUUCGAACCAUCCGACUAUUUUGGAGACGCUGUUCCUCCACUGAUAUCUACAGCCGGCUCCUCCCCACUGCAGAUUAUGAUGCAAACGAGAUACCCGGAAAGCUCCUCCUUUGACUGGACACGACUUCCAAUGUCGGCGGCUCUACCCAGGCAUAUUCAGUUUGCCAAAAAUGUUGACUGGGCUGCUACGCCUCUUGGUCCUAUGGAAAACUGGGGUUUUGAUUUGAGAGCAAUGUGCAAUUUGAUAAUGGGAAGCCCUCAUCCUGCCGCAAUGCAUUGGGGUGAAGAGUACACUGCCAUUUACAAUGAGAGCUAUAUUCUAUUGGCUGGACAGAAACAUCCGCAUUUAAUGGGCCAAAGUUACAAAACAGCGUGGCCUGAAAUAUGGCCUGAAAUUGAAGGGGUCUUUUCAAGCGCCAGAGAGUCGGGCCAAUCUACGAUGAAAGAUGACGACUGCUUGUUCCUGAGACGGAACGGAUUUUUGGAAGAGUCGUACUUCUCAUGGUCGAUAAUCCCCCUUGUGGGCGACAAUGGCUCAGUGUCAGGACUAUACAAUCCGGCAUUUGAGAAAACUCGUCGCAAAAUAGCCGAGCGAAGGAUGCUCACUUUAAGAGAAGUUGGUGAGAAGACAGCCGCUGCUCGAGAAGUGAAGGGAUUUUGGGGUCAAGUGAUUAAGGGUUUGGAGUACAACGAGUACGAUGUGCCAUUCGUCUUCCUUUAUUCGGUGAGCGAAGAAACAGAUAGCGAUAUGAGUUCGAUGCACUCAGGGUCACUCUCCCAGGCCCCUCAAUUAGUUCUCGAAGGCACUCUAGGAGUUCCGCAAGGUCAUAAGGCGGCGGUCAGCCCUCUGGAUCUGAAGACGAGCGAUGAAGGGUUUGCGCCCUAUCUGCGAGAGUCAAUGAAGACUGAUAAGCCUAUCCUCUUGACGACCGAAGACAACACCCUAUCAUCCGACUUAAUAGAAGGCUUGGAAUGGCGAGGCUGGGGCGACCCCUGCAGGUCCGCAGUAGUUUGCUCCAUUCAUCCCACGACUGGCGACAAUAUUCUGGGCUUUCUGGUCAUGGGGAUCAACCCUCGGCGACCCUACGAUGACGACUACAGUCUGUUCAUACAGUUGCUAAGCCGACAGCUUGCUACUUCCAUGGCAUCUGUGGUUUUGUUUGAGGACGAAAUCAGACGAGGGCAAAGAGCUGCCCGUCUCGCUGCUUUGGAUCGUCAAGAGUUAUCGAAACAACUUGACUUACGUACACAAGAAGCUGUAGAGAGUGAAACUAAGUUCACACGAAUGGCCGAAUUCGCCCCUGUCGGUAUGUUCAUUGCGGACUCCACGGGUAAAAUAACUUAUAGCAACGACACCUGGUGGGAGAUUUCGAGACACCCAAGAACUGAAAAUAGUGUACAAAGUUGGAUGGACAGCAUUAAAGAUGAGGAUAGAGAAAGCGUGAAAACCAUUUGGAAGACUCUGGUCAAUAAAAAGGCUGCUGUCACACACGAGUUCCGAUUUAAAAUGCCCUGGCAAGAUCGUAACGGCAGUCAAGGCGACACAUGGGUUCUAAUGAGCGCUUACCCUGAGAGAGAUAGCGAAGGGCAACUGAAGAGUGUUUUCGGCAGUAUCACCAACAUUAGCCAACAGAAAUGGGCCGAGGACUUCCAGAAACGUCGAAUGGAGGGAGCAAUCGAGCUGAAGCGACAACAGGAGAACUUCAUUGACAUGACUUCUCAUGAAAUGAGGAACCCACUCUCGGCAAUAUUGCAAUGCAGUGAUGAGAUCACCAGCUCCCUCUCUGAGUUUCGUUCACUAGAGGAACAAGCCAAGUCCGGCCAGAGGCUGUCUGACAUCCUGGAGGGCAGUAUUGACGCCGCUCAGACGAUUUCUCUCUGUGCUCAACAUCAGAAACGCAUCGUGGAUGAUAUCCUCACAUUGUCUAAGCUAGACUCGGCACUUCUAAUGGUUACCCCUGUUGCUGUGCAGCCGGUUGCUGUUGUCCAAAGAGCUCUUAAAAUGUUCGAAGGCGAACUGGUUACUAAUGACAUUGCCAUGGAAUUUAGGAUGAAAAAAACCUACCUCGAUCUAAGCAUAGACUGGGUCAAGUUGGAUCCUACGCGACUUCUUCAAGUCCUCAUCAACUUGACGACAAACGCUAUAAAGUUCACUCAAGGCCAAGACAAGCGCGCUAUCCUUGUCAGUGUUGGUGCAAGUAAAGAGCGUCCUAGCGCCAAUGACUCUGAUGUGGCGUACUUUCCUAGUCGUUCUAAACGUAAGGACCUCUUUACCGAGGAUCCUGAAUGGGGCGAUGGCGAAGAGCUCUACCUGCAUUUUGCGGUUCAGGAUACUGGGCGGGGGUUGGAUGAAAAGGAGAAGAGCCUCCUCUUCCAGAGAUUCAGCCAAGCCUCGCCUCGAACACAUGUGCAAUAUGGAGGCUCAGGUCUUGGCCUUUUCAUCUCUCGAGAGCUUACUGAGCUUCAAGGAGGGGAGAUUGGCGUUUCGAGCGAACGUGGCGUUGGCAGUACAUUCGCAUUUUACGUGAAGGCAAGGAAGGUCGAUGGUAUUACUGCCGAUACACCGAUUGCGACGACUAUCAACUCUUUGAGAAGAAAUUCGUCGAACUCUGCUGUGACGUUGGAAAGUAGGAAGAACUCGUCUGGGAAACCGGUUAUCCGUUCGAACACCACUGGUCAUAAGAAGACCCCCAUUGUUACCUCGGCCUCUUCACCAUCUCCGCCACCAAGCUCCAAGCUCGAUCACAGCAAGUUGAAGGUUUUGAUAGUCGAGGACAACCUUGUCAACCAGCGAGUCUUGCAAAAGCAGCUGCGAAACCUGGGUUUCAUGACUGAGCUUGCAAACCACGGCGGCGAGGCGCUAGACUUCUUGAAGACUUCCACCUUUUGGUCAGGCCAGGAGAAAACUGGCGUCGAACUUGCAGUUAUCCUGAUGGAUCUCGAGAUGCCGGUCAUGGAUGGACUCACCUGCGCGCGAACAAUCAGAGACUUCGAAGCGGAUGGUACAAUAGUCAGGCAUGUCCCAAUUAUUGCCGUCACUGCAAACGCAAGAUUAGAGCAAAUCGAGACUGCAAUAUCUGCUGGAAUGGAUGACAUCGUCUCAAAACCAUUCCGCAUGCCCGAAUUAGUCCCCAAAAUCGACGAACUCGUAACAAGAAGCAACUCAACAAAAGCUCCUACAACUAAAACGACAGAUAAGACAGAGCCCCAGCUGGGCUCUUCAAACACAUUAUAGUCCGAUGAUGAAUCAAUGAAUUAGUUAUACUACAUUUGCAUUUUCGGGUUUAGUUUGGGUGCAUAUAUAGAAAUGUGGCGUUGGACACAAGACACAGGAGAGGCAGACGGCGUUAGGUUAACGGAAGGGCUGUUAUGCCUUGGCUUUUUGCUGCAUUUACGAAACACAUCAAAUUAAGACGUAAGUUUAGGAUAUACCACUGAUGCAUCCAUAUUAGGCGCACAGAAUCUAGCCAGUUGGGUAGAGCGAGUGCCAGCCAUUAUUAAUAUGUAUGUAUUAAACCAUUACCCAGUCACUGCACUGCCGAACAUCACU